AGGUUAUGCUGUAAAAGAAUACACAAAGUAAUAAGUGUGGUAAAAAAUUUAAGAAAUAUUUCAAUAAAUGAAGAAUCAUGUUGUGUGAAAGACUAUCUUUCAAUAUAUUUUAGUCAUUAUGUAUUAUAAAAUUACAUCUAAAUAUGGCGUCUAGUAUCAGCUGUUCAUUUGAUACAAAUCAGCUGUGUUUGGCGUUAAACAACUAAGAUAAUAAACAUACGUAGUAGAUGUUUGCUGACUUCCUGCUCCAUUAUAGUACCCAUAAGAUAUAAACCAUAAGGAUAAAAAAAUGGAUGUAGUGACAAAAGAGUUGCUUGUACCUACAAAGUAUAUAAAAGUAAUAGAUGGUAGAAUUUGUUUAACUAUCCACAGAAACUGGCUAAACAAUUUAGUUAAUAUAGGACCAAUUUCUUUUAUCUACCAUGAACGAUUAAGUGAAGAUGAAAUUGCAGCUCAUCCUACACUUGAAGAUCUGGGUCCAGAUUGGAUAAGAAUAUAUGUUAAAGUUUAUGAAAAACAACAUAAAUAUGCUGUUCCACUGCCAAGAGGAAGGAAUAUAAAUGGAAAUACUCAUGCAGAUCUGACAUAUUCACAAUUAAUGCACUAUGUUGCAGAAACUAAUUAUCGAAAUUUAUGGAAAGAAUGUUACAAAAAAUAUUACAGUCCAUGGAAUUGCAUAGAACAUAAAGAACAAUACAAUAUAACUGCUAAUGUAAGUGAUACAUGGAUUAUGCAAGAAGUAUUACAGAAAAUGUAUGGUUGUACUUUAGUACAAGUACAAAAUGGAUCAGUGGUAUCAGUAUUGCCUGGUAUAUCAACUGAAGUACAUUGUAAUCUCCUACCAAUAUUAUUUGCUAUUGAAACUACAUCUGCUUUUCUAACAUUACAUGAACAAACUGCAGAAUAUUCUCUCCGCGAGUGUGUAAUGUACAGUCCUGCUGCUUUAAAUAUGAGUCAUGGAAAACCAUUGUUUUUAAUAUAUCAGUUAUUACAAUUAUCUAGAGACUUACAUGAUCGGGGUUUAGUAUUAGGUGAAAUUACUCUUAGUGAUAUAUUACUUAUGGAUAAUUUUACUAUACAGGUGUUACCAAAAGUAAGUGACAAUGUAUACAUAAAACCUGAAAAUGAACAUUCCAAAGUUUCUAGUCAAGAAAUUAAGACAAAAAAUUUUAAUGGAUGUAGAAAAAAUUUCGAAAUAAUUCCAUCAAAUUCUACAUUACAAGAAAAUUCUAAAUUUGGAAUGAAUGAAAAUAUUGAACAAUUAUGUGAAAUGUGGGUGUAUAAUUGUAUUAGCAAUUAUGAUUAUUUAACUGCAUUGAAUAAUUUGGCUGGUAGAAGAUAUGGUGAUCCAAGUUGUCAUCAUGUUAUGCCUUGGGUCACAGAUUUUACAUCAAGAUGUGGUGGUAAUUGGAGAGAUUUAACAAAAUCCAAAUUUCGAUUAAACAAAGGCGACAGACAAUUAGAUUUAACGUUUGAUUCGCAGUCAAGUGAAGUAGGACAUCACGUAUCAGAUGUAUUAUCAGAAAUUACAUACUACGUUUAUCUUUCUCGUCGCUAUAAUAAAUCUGUCCUCUGUAAGUAUGUACGACCGCAAUGGGUACCAGGAGAGUAUCCUGCAUCGAUACAGAGAUUACAUGAUUGGAGUCCAGAUGAAUGCAUACCACAAUUUUUUUCUGACCCCAAAGUUUUUAAGUCCAUUCAUGAAGAUUUACCAGAUUUAGAAAUUCCUGGGUGGGCUACAUCUCCAGAAGAUUUUAUUGAAAGACACAGAGAGGCUUUAGAAAGUUUUCACGUUUCUGAAAGAUUACAUCAUUGGAUAGAUUUAACUUUUGGUUACAAAUUAUCUGGUUCAGCAGCAGUAAAAUCUAAAAACGUUUGUUUACAACUUGUUGACAAUCACACUAGUUUAACUAAUUCUGGUAUUGUUCAACUAUUUACACAACCACAUCCUCAAAAAAUUAUACCUUCACCUUAUUGGUGUAAAAUUCCACCUCGACUACGUUUAUCUUUCUUAAUCAAUAAGUAUAGAAAUGAUCAGUCUGGUAAUAGAACGAGUGAUGAUGAAGGUCACAGUUCUGGAUUUGAAGAAGAAGAAUUACCAGCAUCAAUUAUAAAUGUAUCAAGAUCGUCUCCUUUGGUUUUAAGUCGAUUGUUAAGUCGUUCUCGAGGUUCUUUACUUGCUUCUGAAGACAAUGCUAAGCAAGAUAAAUCUACAAGUCAGACGAUAAUUCUUCCAAAAGAUUAUAAUCCUGUUGCAGCUAUUAUGCAUGUAGAAACCAUGCAUGCAUUUGUGAAUAAAGUAAGCUCUCAAGUUUAUAAACCACAAUUUGAAUUACACGAAUCAUUUACAAACUAUAAACAAAUUGUGGCUAGUGGACGUAUUAAGGAACAACAAAUACUCGGUUGUUUAAUUGUGGAAAUAUUUUUAUCUAAUAAAUUUCGAGCAACGUGGAAUGUCGAAAAAGUAACAUUUGCAAAAAGACUUGCUACAUGCUUAAAUAUCUUGAAGACAUCAGCUGAUAGUUUACCUAAAUGUGUAAGAAAUGCUGUUGCUUUAUUGCUUCAAGUUGAUAUUAUACCAAACAGUUACAAUAUUGAUAACAUAGAAGUAACUGAUAUGCGUUUUCGUUAUCCAACUAUUACACACAUGGGUUUACCGCCUCCAUCUGCACACCAAUUUUUACAGCCAAUACUUUCUGGAAGUUUGUUCCCAUUUUCCAAGUAUUAUAAAUAUUUAUUUAAUAUUGUAGAAAUGUUACAAGAGUAUAAUAGUUUAGUUCGUGAAUUGAAUUUUAUAAUGAAGUCUGAAGAUGAUAUAGAUUUUACAUUUAAGACAAAAAUAAUAUUCCUUUGUAAAAUCAGUGAAUGUAAAGUUAAAGCAAUUGCAAGGGAAUUAGAGCAUUUAUUAUACCAUACUGGAAUUGCAAGGGAAGCAUAUUUAGAAUUAAUAAUGCCUCAUAUACAACAAAUAAUGGAAGAACCUUAUAGUGCUGUUUUAGCUGCUUGGCAUUUAUUUGACCCUAUUGCUAAAGCAUUAGGUCCUCGAGAUACUGUACAAACAUUCCUUCUAUCAGUUAUGAAGUUAUAUGAAAAUGGUUCUUUUAUGGAUAACUUUCCUCAUGCUGAUAUUCUUCCUUCAGGAUUAAUAGCAAAAUUUAAAACUACACGUUUAUAUCAUAGAAAUUUCUUGCUUAAACUUAUGGUAAGAUUGGGUUUACGACGAUUUUUGGAAAAUUUUAUUGCGCCUCUUGUAGAAGCAGUUGGAGGAUAUAGAGAUUAUAUGCAAGGAUCUUCAACAUACACUCAUAAAACUGGCAAUCUUAAGAGUUGUGAUUUAAGUGGAAUGUGUAAUGAAGGAGAAGGGAUCUUGUCUCCUUUGGACGAGGAUUUUUCUGUAGAUUCAGAUCAUAAUAUUGUUUUAUCACCUGGACCUGUAACUAGUGACUAUACACGUGAUAUAAAUUCAACUGACAAUGAUACCGAAGAAGUGUUCACAAUGGAAGCAGAAGAAAGUUCUUGGAUAUCUCUAAAUUCUGCUACGACAUAUGAUAUUGAUUUAAAUGUUGAUCUGAGUUUGAACUUGACUGACGAUUCAAAUGAAGACGGAAGUAAAAUUUCGCCAUUAAAAUCCGUUAAAUCGCCAACAAUUCCUAUACCAAAAACAUCCUAUUCUUCUAGUAAAUCUUUAACGGAGUUUAGCAAUAUUGGUUGUCAUGUUGGAAGUAGGACUUCUAAUGAUGAAUUUACUUAUGGUGGAUUUAGCCAUUCUACUAAUACGUCUGAGGAAAUGUAUACCAUAGGAACUGAAGAACAAAAUUCUGUAACAUUACAAACAGAUGAUACUAAAUCUAGCACUGCAGAAUAUGAAAGUAUCCAACUAGAUCAUACUUAUCAAAAAUCUACAUCAAAUGAGUGUACAACUUCUGAAAUGAGUGCUGAGUCUAUUAUCUGGUUAUCUCAUCGACUUGGUCCUGUACUUACUGCUCGAUAUUUAUCUCGAAACUUGUUGAGAAUGCUUACGUUAUGUUAUACUGGAAAAGAAAAUUUAACAAUAACCAAUGAUACCUCUUUAUCAAUCGAAGGUAUUUCUUGGAACAAAAAAGUUUUACUUGGUGAUCGUAAUGCCAACAAAGUUUUGGAAUGCCUCGCAGCUAUUGCAGGCCUAUAUGGAGAACAAAUUAUAGUAUUGCAGUAUUUUGCACACAUGGUAGAACUUCUAGCGCUUUGUAAAAGAAAAUUAACACAAAAUUUGGAAGGAGGGCUUAUUUCAUGUUUGACCCUUUUAAAUUAUAUCACACCAUAUCUUAGUGAUGCAGUAUUGAUGGAUGUACUUCAUGAACCAAUCGUAAAAGCAAUAUUGUAUCCUACAGUUCGUAUAUUAUCAUCUACAAGAUUUACUUUUCCUAAUGGUACUAUUGCACGUUCAAUAAUGGCCGAAAAAUGUUUAGAAACCUUGUUUAUGUUCAGUUUACGACUGGGUAGCGUUAUUACAAAAAAUCAUCUUGCUGUACCUAUUCAACGAUUUUUUUUAGCAUUUGAUAAAUCAUUUAAUCAAGAUGUUACAGAAAAUGUUAAGGAUGAAAUUAGCCAAAAAACAAUAAGUGAGCAUUUUACAAGGAUAAAAGUUUUAAAUGAAAAUAAUAGAGAUACUCUUCAAACAAAUUUUAAUCAGGAUAUUGCCGAUUCUUAUUCUCCACCAGUUGUAGAAAAUAUGGAUGCCUCUGAUUCUCAAAAAAAUAAGGCACUUGAAGAAUUAAAAACUGUAUUUACAACAGAAUUUGCUCAUAAAACGUAUAUGCUCUUCUAUAAAUGUAUUGAUACUGAAGUGAUGGAACAAAUACUUAAGAAUCAUGAACACAUACGUAAUUUGUGUCAUAAAUAUGAACAAGAAACAAAAAUAAUUUCUAACAUUGAUGAUAACAAGUAUAAUACAUCAUAUAAUAAUUAUAAUAUGACAGAAAAUACAGAAUUAACAAGUAGUGAUACGGCUAAUUUUGAAAAUAUAUCAGUUGUGGGAAAUAGAUUUGCUAUGCAAAAGAAUGAUGGAGAUCAUGUUACUUCAGAAAAUGUAAUAUCUAAUCGUGAAACAAGCUGUUCUCUGUCAAGUGGGAGACAGUUACGAGGAAAUUGGUUGGCAUAUUGGGAACAUGAAAUUGGAAGAUCAGAAAAAGAUACAGCAUUUAAUAUAAAACAAAUAAAACUUCAAACUUUUAGCGGUCACACUAAUAGCGUUAGAUGCCUAUAUGUAUUAGAUAAUGAGAAUAGUUUUAUGAGUGGCGGAAGAGAUAAAACUGUGAAAUUGUGGAGUUUAAGAAGUCAGGGGGAUGGAAACACUAUCUCAUCUUGCCAGUAUACUUAUACUGGACAUAAAAAGUCAAUUCUUGCACUUACAUUCCUAGAAUCUUUGCGAUAUGUAGUUACCUGUGAUGGUACAAUUCAUUGCUGGGAUCCUUUUAUGGGUUCGCUUCUUGGGUGCCCAGAGAGCUCACGUCCAGUUCCUGUAAAUACUUUAGCUGCAAGCCCUCCUCCAUGUACAACUUUACUUGUGGGUACAACAGAUAUUACGCUGAGAGUUAUUGACUGUAGAACAUUUCAAUAUGUAAAUGAAAUGAAAGUAUCUGUAAAUCCAACAGGUUUGAUCAGAUGUAUUGCAGUAGCACCUAGUGGUUAUUGGGUAGCAUUAGGUCAAGCAUCAGGUUUUCUAACAAUUUUAGAUAUUCGUACUGGUCUUAUUAUUGCAUCUUGGAAAGGUCAUGAAUGUGAAAUAUUACAAUUAGAGGCAAUUAAUGAAACUACAUUAAUUAGUUCUUCAUUAGAUGAAACUAUUGCUGUAUGGAGUGCACUAGAUGGAAAACUCAAAUUUCAUAUGAAGGGCUCUACAGAACCAGUUCAUUGCAUGACUACAUAUGAACAAGAAUUAGUUAUAGGAACAACAGCAAAUCGGAUAGGAGCUUUUACAUCUAUAGAAACAACAGCUUCAUUUUCAUCAUCAAAAUUAAAAUCUGAUACUUUCAAAGGUCUCCUUACCACAAUGGCGGUUCUUCCUCUUAAUAGAUUAUUGCUAUUAGGUGCAGAUAAUGGGGGAAUAACGUUAAUUUGUUAAACACUAUAUAUACAUAUGAUUUUUAAUUAUAUGUGUGUAUAGAUUUAAUAAUUUAAAUAUACAAUUUUAAAAUUUCAUUUAAAAUAAUUAUGUCCAUUCAUUAUUACAAAAAAUAAUAGAUAUAGUACACUAUAUACAAAAUUAAAUAAUUUUAUUUUUUGUAAAAUAGUAUAAGGUAAAACUCUUAUACAUAGGUCAUAUCUGUCCUUGUUCCAAUUACUUUUAAAGCAAGUUCAGGAGACAUUUUAUAAAUACCAACAUCUGCUAGUAUUUUGUUUGUAGCAAUUUCAUCUUCGUUGUGGAGAGCUUCACCAAGUAACAUUGCUGAACCUAACAUAAUAUUUAACAAAAUACAUGCUUCUUUAAUC